GAUCCCUACGGCAACGCCACUGGAGCCGCUACACUUAGUUGGUUACACCCCAACAAAAAAACAAACAAAACAUGCCAAGAAUGGCAAAGAGACAGUUGGCAACGAGUUACAUACCCUGCAAACUUAGCGCUGGGAUUGAGGCCUCCAGCAGGGGUCCCGUCAUUCACUGGAGCCUCAUCUCAAAUCCACGGCUGGUCUGAAGGAUAUACAGUAGUCAGCUUAAUCCCGAUUUUUUUUGAUUGUAUCAUUCUUUUCCCUAACCAAGCAGCCAAAUGUCAGGACAGCAGCCUCGAGGUCAGAGAGGGCGGGGCGGAGGGAGGGGAAUGGGGGGAGACCCCGGGGGUCAGCGAGGUGGACAACGUGGACGCGGCUCUGACCGUGGCCGAGGUCCACAUCCUAUCUUCGAUGCGCCAUCGGGCGGACGAGGGCGUGGUGACCGUGGCGGGUUUAGGGGAGAUCGGGGCGGCCGUGGUGAUCGUGGUGGGUUUCGCGGAGGACGAGGAGGCGGAACUCGUGGGCCAGAGGUGUAUUCCCAAGCUAGCGGGGGUAUUCCUGCUCCGGAUCCCAAGGUCAAAAAGGUCGAGAAUAGCUAUAAAGGACCUGCUGGCUCCGGAAAGGAAUUGAGUUUAGAAUCUCUUUCAAUUAACAGGAAUUUCCCUCUAAGACCAGCCUUCGGGACACAAGGAAGACCAGUCUUACUGUGGGCCAAUUAUUUCGAAAUCGUCUCAAGCUUCAAUCUCACCCUGCACCGCUAUAAGGUGGAAGUCCAGGAACAGGACGGUAAAACCCCUGCUGGCAAAAAGCUUAAGCGUAUUAUCGAGCUUCUGUUGGAAGAGCACUUCGGAAACAUGAAAAACCAAAUUGCAACUGACUACAAAGCAACACUGGUCUGCAAAACCGCAAUCAACCUUCCCCAGGAGAUGUUUUCGAUAACGUAUCGUCUCGAAUAUGAAGAUGAACCUGCUCCCAGAGCCAGGACUUACAAGGUUCGGGUCGUCGCAAUUGGUUCUCUCGAUGUGGCACCGUUGCUCCAAUAUCUCUCCUCACCCAGGAGCGGGGAACAACUCCCGGCCAAAGAAGAGAUCAUCCAGGCAUUGAAUAUCGUCCUGGGCCACAACCCCAAGACAAAUCGCGAAUUGCUUUCAAUUGGCGCAAACAAACACUUUCCACUUGGCCGGGGCGGGGAAAGCUAUGAUCUUUCUGGUGGACUCACUGCACUCAAGGGCUUCUUCGUCAGCGUCCGUGCCACGACUUCCCGCCUCCUUGUGAAUGUCCAAGUCAAAGCUACCCCGUGCUACAGUGAAGGGAGCCUGCCAGAUAUUAUGAACAGCUUUUCAGCCAGCAUACGAGGCCCUACGCACUUUCACAAACUCAACCGAUUCCUUAAGCGAGUACGCGUGAGCGUCAAUCAUAUCGUCCGCAAAAAUAAAUCAGGCAGGGUCAUAUUGCGAAUCAAAACUAUUGAAGGUCUUGCACAUCAGAGUGAUGGGCGUUAUUUGCAGAACCCGCCACAGGUACCUUGGCUAGGAGCAGGUCCGAAAGAUGUCAAGUUCUUUCCUGAUGGACCAACACCCCCGGCAGAGGGCCAAAGCAAGAAGAACGGGAAAAAACAGAAAAAGGGCCCUGUGAAGCCGGGUGGAGAUUCUUCUACGGGUUCAUAUAUUAGCGUCUACGACUAUUUUAAACGCAAUUACCCCAAUAUCCCCGAGUUGAACAACGCAUUACCAGUUGUCAAUGUUGGCAGCAAGGAGGAGCCGAUCUACCUGCCUGCUGAGGUCUGCCACGUUCUGCCUGGCCAGCCGGCAAAUGCCAAAAUCUCCCCCCAACAGACUCAGAACAUGAUUCGCUUUGCAGUCCGGAGACCCGUGGAAAAUGCCAAGUCGAUUGUCGUAAAUGGAACCCAGGUGCUCGGGUUUACCCCACAUUUGAAUCCUAUGCUGGCUGGUAUGGGAUUAUCUCUGUUGCCAAACUUGAUUACUGUUCCUGGUCGAGUGCUGGAGGGUCCCGCUAUUAUUCAGUACAAGGGACAGAGCUUUAAAAGCCCUCACGGCGGGAACUGGAACCUUCAGAAAGUCGCAUUCUCACAUGGGUCCCAGCUACCUGCCUGGACAUUCCUUUACUACCAAGACGGCCGAACCGAUCCAGCGGUUGUUAUGGAGAGCGUUGAUAGAUUUAUAGAUAUGGCAAGGGUACAAGGGCUCGCUGUUCCAGUGCCUAGCCGUCCAAUCGCUGUCAACGUUCCCCCUCGUCGAGAUGUGGAGGAUAUACCACUGGACCCCAUCUUUGCCGAGAUUCGCCAGCAGUCGCGAGUGAGAUUGGUUCUGGUGAUCCUACCUUUUGCAAGCCCUCAAAUUUACAGCCAGGUAAAGUAUAGGGGAGAUAUCAAGGACGGCAUCCAUACUAUUUGCGUAGUCGCAGAAAAGUUCAGGAAGAAUCAGCCUCAAUACUUCGCCAACGUUGCGCUAAAAUUCAACCUGAAGCUCGGAGGAGUCAACCACAAACUUCAGCCGUCCAAACUGGGGGUUAUAUCGGAAGGUAAGACAAUGGUUGUGGGCAUUGAUGUCACGCAUCCUGCCCCGGGUUCGCUCUCCACUGCACCAAGCAUAGCCGGGAUGGUUGCAAGCGUGGAUAAAGUCCUCGGUCAAUGGCCCGCCACCAUCCGUCUUCAACAGCAGGCUCGCGCAGAGAUGGUGAGUGAUCUUGAUAUAAUGCUCCAAUCUCGUCUUCGCCUUUGGCAGAAGAACAACUCCAAGAGCCUCCCGGAGAAUAUCCUGAUCUACCGCGACGGGGUAUCAGAAGGCCAAUACGGCAAAGUCCUGGACGAAGAACUACCCCUGCUCCGCAGCGCGUGCAAAGCUAUCUACCCAGCCGACAAAACCAAGAAAGGCCUCCCCAAAUUCACCAUCAUCAUCGUCGGCAAACGGCACAAUACGCGGUUCUACCCAACCGAUCUCAAGGACGCGGACAACAACUCAAAUCCCAACAGCGGAACCGUCGUCGACCGCGGCGUCACCGAAUCGCGCCACUGGGAUUUCUUCCUCCAAGCCCACACCGCACUGCAGGGGACCGCUCGGCCAGCCCACUACUACGUGAUCCUCGAUGAGAUAUUCACCGGGCGGAAGACUGCAGGCCGCUUCGACAGCAUUGCCGAUGAGCUUGAAGACCUAACCCAUAAUCUCUGCUACCUGUUCGGACGAGCAACCAAGGCCGUCAGCGUCUGCCCGCCGGCGUACUAUGCGGAUCUAGUCUGUGAGCGCGCCAGGCGCUACCUAAGUCGAUAUUUCGACGUCACGCCUGACACCAGUGUUGCUUCGUCUGGUGCUAGUGAUGUGGGUCCUGUGCCUAUUGGUGACGAUGUUCGCAUACAUUCUGACCUGGUGGAUACUAUGUUUUAUAUCUGAGUGAUAUCUGCGUAUAUAUCGUGUCGAAGGGAAGGGGGGUAUCUUGGGAUCGGGGAAGUUGUGGAAAAUGCUAUGGAGGUUGUGAAGUCAGUAUGGAAUAGUACAGUCAUUGCUCUGUCAUUAGUGGUAUUUUGAAAUCUUGAUUUUGCUUUUUAGGGUUGGUUAUUGGUCUAUUUACCGUGAUCAUAUCUGAGUAUAUGAUUGGGCACAUAUCAAAUUGAUAAGUUGACACAGAGCUUUACGAGAAUGCAAUUCUAAACUAAUGUCUUGGAUAUUUCUCAGAGAGUUUAUCUAGCAAAUGGGUAUUAAUUGAGUGAUCAGAGUUCAAUCCCAUGCAAACCUCCAACUACUCAAAUAUACUCCGUGCCAAAAGCUCAUUAUCAUCACCAAAAUAUCCACCAUACCUUCAUAUUCAUACAUAGAGCGCACCUGUCGAAAUGCAAAUGUACAACCUUUUAAUCCCAAUAAAAAAAUCAAAAGAAAAAAAGCCAGCUAGAGAAAAAGAGAAACCUCCCCUCCGCCAAUAUCACCGAACAAGCCCUACUACCCCCCUUCCCCCCAACGACCGCACAACCCCCUUCUUCAGCCGAAACUGCCUCUCAAUCACCUCCUCCGACACCCCUCCCUUAUCCCUCAUCGCCAAAAUAUGCCUAAUACUCACGACAUCCAAAAACUCGCGCCCGGAAUGGCUCGGUCGGCCAACGGACUCGAGUUCGAGUUCGGCGGCCUUCUCUAACCGGGCGCGGGAGGAGAGAACGAGGAGGGCUGGGUUGGAGGAUGUGGAGGAGGAGGUGGAGGGGGGGAAGACGAUGGAGAGGGAUUGCUGAAGCUGCGGGUUUUGGGGUUGGUUGAAAGGGUUGGGGGUGACGGGCCCGAUGGAGCGGAGGGAGGCGGCGAACUGAGGAUCGCGGGCUUCGAGGUCGAUGGCUGUGGUUAUUUGAGGCCGGGUUCGCUCGCCUUCUCUUCUGCAUGGAAUACUGGUCCUGGCUGUUCCCGUCGGCUUGAUGCCCUGGCCGCUGGAUCCGCGGCUCUGGCACCACCGGGCCCGGUGGUCGGUGCGGAGGGUUUCUUGGGGUAUUGACGCCGUGCAGCUGCAUUAGCUGCCGCCUUUAUGGGUUUCGACGAUGAUGCGCCCAUUGCAAUUUUGUGUGUGCAGCGUUACUGGGGAGUCGGAGAACGAUACUGUACAGUAACUAGCUCGGUGAGCGGAGAAUGAUGGAUGGUUUUGCGGAGACGGUCCAAGCUUCUACGGGGGCCAAAGCUGACAGGAAUGUAGGUUUGGUGGAACGCUAAUUUGCGUCUAGGGCUAGAAGGUGGGGAGGGGAGAGCAGAAUAAAUAAGACACACAGGUGUUCUAGGAAUCGCAUGCAUGGGUUCUACUAAAUAAAUAACGACCUAGAGAUACAUCUGUUCAUGAAAAAAGCGCUAGGAAGAUUCCAGCUCCAAAGUGAAGAUUCUUUGUCAUAUGCCAUUUUGCCCCGAAUAGCAUGACGAAAAAGCAUUAGCAAAACCAGACCCCCUAGCGCAGCCCUGCGAGGCGCCUCUCCUGGACCUCGCU